AUGGAAGAACAUAUUCGCCAGUCUCUUUCUAAUCACCCGCAUGCUUUCCAGCAUUUGCAUAGCAGCAGCAGCCCCCACCCGUCACAACGAUCCUCCGACAGAAUGACGCCCCUUUCCUACAACGAAGGCACCUCGACUGCCCUCGAGCACGAGUCGAAUAUGGCUCAUAAGCAUACAGGGAGCCCCGAUGAGGAAGGCCGUCUUCCCCCGGUUUAUACUGCGGACAGCGAUCCGUUCCAGCUCGCCUCGAAGCUGAAGUCCGAGGAGGAGAUCCGUCAAAUGAAAGCCAACACGUCACGAAAACGCGAUCCGAGCGCCUCAGGAAACAAUGAUGUGAUGGAGAUGGUGCGCAAGCCAGCCACGAAGGGCAAGCAGGCUCUUACCACUCGUAAGCUACAGGGAUUUUAUGAGAAUCAAAAUGAGAGCAUCGAGCGCAUGUUGAAGCCUGUCGAGGAACAUGUCCGGGCAGCCCGGGAAUUGAACAUCGAGAACAGUCUCAAGUAUAAGAUUGCCGUCUAUGCCAGUUUUGCUGCCAACAUUAUUCUUUGUGUUGUGCAGGUUUACGGUGCUGCUUCAUCUGGUUCUCUGUCGCUGUUCACGACCAUGGCUGACGCUAUUUUCGACCCCAUGUCCAAUCUUACGCUGCUUCUGUGCAACAAGGCGGUUAAUCGAGUCGAUCCUCGAAAGUUCCCGGCUGGCAAGGCCCGUAUUGAGACUGCUGGUAACAUUUGCUUCUGUAUGCUCAUGACUGCUGUUUCGAUGAUUAUUAUUGCUUUCUCUAUCCGUGAGAUUGUUGAAGGCUCUACUACUUUGAAGGCUUCUUUCCAUUUGCCUUCUAUCAUUGCUGUCUCCAUCGCUUUCUUCACUAAGCUCGGUCUCUUCAUGUACUGCUUUGCGCUGCGCAACCAGGUCUCCCAGAUCCGCAUCUUGUGGGAGGAUCACCGAAAUGAUCUUCUCAUCAACGGAAUUGGUGUUAUGACUUCUAUCCUGGGUAGUAAAGUUCGCUGGUGGAUCGAUCCCAUGGGCGCUAUCAUUCUGUCGCUUAUUGUCAGUGGAUUGUGGUUGCACUCUGCAUAUGGCGAGUUCCAGCUGUUGAUCGGUGUUACUGCCGAUACCAAGAUGCAACAACUCAUCACAUAUAUAUCUAUGACCCACUCCCCCUUCAUCACAGCCAUCGAUACCGUUCGUGCGUAUACAUCUGGCCCUCGCCUUCUCGUCGAGGUUGACAUUGUCAUGGAUGCCAAUGAUACUCUUCGUGCUACUCACGAUGUUGCCGAAGAGCUUCAGAUCAAGCUCGAGUCCUUACCUGAUGUUGAGCGUGCUUACGUUCACGUUGACUAUGAGACCACACACAAGCCAGAGCACUUCCUCAAGAAGGAGCUGUAA